ACAUAUUUAAUGGAUCAGAACCUCGUCAAUGAUGGUACUGUUGCCUGUGAUUUUAAUCGUAUUAAGGGUAUCUGGGCAGUUCGAGAACAAGUAGCGGAAGCUGCACUUAAAGAAGGAUACUUCUAUAGUUAUGACCUGUCGUUACCGCACAAGGAUUUUUAUGAAAUUGUGAAAGUGAUGCGAAAACGUCUAGGUAAAAAGGUUACUCGUUGUGCAGCAUGUGGCCAUUUAGGGGAUGGUAAUGUUCAUUUUAUGGCUACUACACGAGAAUUUGAUCCUGAAGUUCUUUCCUUGAUGGAACCAUUCAUAUAUAAAUGGACUGCAGAAAGAAAAGGGAGCAUUAGUGCCGAACAUGGUAUUGGAUAUCAGAAGGCAAAAUGUUUGUGUUUAAACCAAACGGACAAUGCUAUUGCCACCAUGAAGUCGCUAAAGAAAUUACUUGAUCCAAAAGGAAUUCUAAAUCCAUAUAAAGUACUUCCUUAGAAAAGAUUUGGAACGGAUGACAGUAAUUGAUUACCAUAUUAAUUUGAUACUUGAUCCAAAAGGAAUUCUAAAUCCAUAUAAAGUACUUCCUUAGAAAAGAUUUGAAACAGAUGACAGUAAUUGAUUACCAUAUUAAUUUGUUACCGAUAAUAAUUACUGAGUAAUACAUUAUGUAUAAUCUUGAUUACAUUUUAAUCGAGAUCACUUAAAAUUAUGAUUAUCGAUAAUUGUGUAUUAUUACAUGCUUUCAGGUUCUUGUGACUAUUAGAUUUUGAUUAUGGGUAAUUAUGGGCAAUCAACUUUUAAUCGUUGAAAUGAUUACUUGGUAUCUUGUAAUCACAAUUGAAGAUCAUGAAUACUUAUGAUCACGGAUUUUGAUUAUAUAUAAUCAUUGAUUUUGAUUACAUAUGAUCAUUGAUUUUGAUUACUUAUAAUUGAUUUUGAUUACUUAUUGUUUCUUUUGUGAUUACAAGUAAUUUUGAUGAUCUAUAUUCACUAAUUAUGAUUGCUUGCAGUCAUGCUUACUACUUGUAGUCACAAUUACUUAUCAUGAAUACUUAUAAUCGUUGAUUUUGAUUACUUUUAAUCAUGUUUACCUGUAAUAGUUUUUUCCUUGUGAUUAAAAGUAAUUGGGGUUAUCUGUAAUAACUAAUUGUGGUUAAUUGUCAUGCUUACAUGUAAUUAAUGACCUUUUGCCGAACUCUCUUUUUAGAUAAUGUUUUAAUCAAAAAUUUUAUGAUAUUGCUUAUAAUAUGUUAUUCAGUUGUCUACGUUAUUGAGUUAGAUGUAUUUGAUAGAUACAUAGAUAGUAUUUGAUACAUGGAAAAAAAAAUUUCAGAUUUAAAUCAACUUGGCAAUUUCAUUGCCUGUUUAAAGUCAACUGGAAAGUUAUUUAUUCAAAAAGCGUUCAAAACCUGUGUUAUUCAUAGGAGACACAUGUUAUUCAUAAGAAAAACUAUACUUGGUAGGGGAAUCUAUUUACAAAUUUCCGCAGGUAUUGUAACUUUUUAAAGUUAAUAAUGUAUGUGUUUUUUAUACGUCAUAUUUAUUAUUUUUAUUGUUGAAUGUCUUAUUACCAAAGUGUCACAGCUUAAUGCUUUCAAUUCUGUUUUUACAAAUUUCUGGUUUUAAAAUAAAAUGUAUUUUCUCAUCAUAAUUGAUACUUUAAGUAUUUUCAAAAUAUAUUUUUAUCCAUUUAUAAAUUUCACAUUUCUGAAUUUUAUACGAGAGGUAUGGGACCAAAUACGGCAAUUGUUAACGAGUUAAUAACUUAUAUUUUUAAUGUAAAUUAUGUAAGCUUUUUAUUUUUAUAGUUGAAUGUGUUGUGACGUAAGUGCCUGAACUAGAUGUGUUCAAUACUGUUUACACAUAUUUUGGGUUGUAAAAUGAAAUGUAUUCUCUUCACUUGAUUGAUAGUAUAAUAAAGAUUUUAUGUAAAUUA